UCCUGAACCUCCUACUUCUGAGCUGUUUUCUGGGAUAUAAGAGAGCAGGUGGCUGGGCAGUGGACACCAAAGUCUGCCCCAUCAUGAAGUCUGGUGGCCUUCUCCUCCUCGUGGGACUCCUCGCCCUCUGGGCUCAGCUGCCUCCUGCCUCCGGUGACCCUCCAAAGUUCUGCUUCCUCCCUGCGGAAAUAGGGCCAUGUAAAGCACGCAUGCCUCGCUUCUUCUACAACAAGUCGUCCGGCCAGUGUGAGCAGUUUAUUUAUGGGGGCUGCCAUGGAAAUGGAAACAAUUUCAAGACUUUAGAGGAAUGCCGUCGCACCUGUGUUGAGAAGCCUGGAAGAUGCCCCCCAGAACCUCCAGGUCACGUCGGACCCUGCAUAGGAUGGUGUUCACAUGACUGUGAUUGCCCUGGAAAGCAGAAGUGCUGUGGUAGUUGCCCGCGACAGUGUACCUCUCCCAUCUAAGCUUCUCAGCUGCAGCGGACCCUGGCCGGAAACCCAGAAACAUCUACAGGAGCUGAUCCAGUGCAAUCUGAAGACCUCACAUAUCUUAGCAGUGACGGCACCGGCCCUGCAAAGCUCAGCCUCCCUACCCAACCUUGGGCUUUCGCUGUCGGUGGAGCAAAGUUUGCUCCAUCAGGCAUCCUCUUUUCUCUUCUCUGCAAUAAAGACAUCCGCUCAUU